AUGCAACGAAGUGCAGCUGAAGGUUACCAACAAGACUCGCUUUCCAAGCAAAAAGUGGACGGUGAAGACUUCAUCCAAACAGAUGUCUGCCCCAAAGCUGGAGACGUCAUCUUGGAUUUAGGCUGCGGCACAGGAGAGCUGUCAGCAUAUCUAGCUGAGCUGGUAGGACCCCGAGGAAAGAUUAUUGGUGUCGAUCCUGAUAAGGAACGAAUUCGAGUGGCUAAGGAGUCUCACAGUCAAAUCGAGAAUCUGUCAUUUACAGAGGGGAGCGCUCCAAGCUUUUUCAGAAUGGAUUCAAAUUUAUACGACAUUGUUUUCUGCAAUUCUGCUCUCCACUGGAUGCCUGAAAAACAGCAAGUCUUCAACGGUAUGUUUUCAAGUCUGAAAGCUGGAGGGAAAAUAGCAAUUAGCUACGUGGACCGUUUGCCUCCGUUUGAGUUCAACGCUUACAUGCUGCUUAAUCCAGAGAAUGAAGAACGUAUCCGUAAAGAGAUGUUCCAAUGUGAGACCAAAACCAAGAUCGAACAUUAUUGUUUAUCAUCCGGGUUUCAAAUUAUCAAGCAUUACGAUUCUUGCAACCCAUUUGCUUUUGAAUCCAUCCAGAGUCUUCUGGAAUGGCACUGGUCAACUACACACGGCGUAUUUGAUCUUUCGCUUGUCACUGAAGAGCGUUUACAGAAAUAUCUCGCUCCAUACGUUGGCGAAAAUGGGAAACCUUGCCUGGAUUUCCGAGGAAUAAAAGAGGAAUCCCCUGUGUACAGGUUGAUAGCCGUCAAGGAAGCUGCAAACGCCCGUUUGGAGUAG